CCUUGACUUGGUGUUGUCAGCACCACGCUCUCCCAGUGAGCCAUGGGCCGGCCCCUGAGGCAGUUUAACUUGGAAGAACCCAGGCUCUCUGCCCAUCCUUGCUUCUAUAACUCCAUCUCAGUUCUCCACAUCAAGCCAGUCUCUGAUCCAGCCACUUAUGUCCACAAGAAUUAGAGGACUGAAUCUAGUCAAAGGCUCUUCUCUAUCUGGUCUUUCAUGACUUUCCAGUGCCUGGAGCUCUGGCCAGGAACUCGGCAGAUGGGGGGUUAAGACUGAUGCCCUGUCCUAUCCCCUCCCCUAUCGAUCCCUGACUUCAAAGUCUCUGUAAAGCCGAAGUCACUGCUUCCCUGACCCCAUAGUGGCAGCUCUAUCAUCAGCUCUCGGCUGGUUCAAAACAGCAGACAUCAAGCCCAGGCCCGGCUGCUCAUGCUCCUUUCUAGCGGUCUCCUAGGGUAAGCACCAGCAUGCUGAGGACCUGUGGGGCCUCCAGUCCUUGAUUUUCCAGGAGAGGAGGAGAGGCAACUAGUAAUAGAUGACUCCAGCAGCGAGUGUUUGGCCAAUGGUUAGACCCAGAAGGCAUUCCACUGGCAGAACCCCUGGUCUCAGGACCAGGACUCUGGGACUCCAUCUAGUUUAUGAUCAGAGCAGACAUUUACAGGGGUUAGCAAAUAGAGCAACAGAGGUUUCCAGCUCAGAGAGUGGUAAUUAAUUGUGAAGAACCUAGAAAGAGGUGACCUGGAAAUGGGAGAUCAGGGACCAGAAUUUGUUCCUUUAAUAUCAAUGAGCAAAAUAUACGCUAAAUUAUACCCAACCCAUGUCCGAUCAUUUAAAUCUCUGGCUCUGGUGAUUUGGUAACAUUGUCUGGAUUCCUGGGGCCAGAUCCUGCUCUGUAGCUCCCUCAGGAGCAGCCAUCACAGACCCAAGGCCAGUGGGUCCCCAAGGCUCAAGGACUGUUUCUCUGAUGCUCAUCUAUUUUUUCAGCUGUUUUUCUUGGCCCCAGGAUCACACCCAUAGAGAUGCAGAUGAGGAAGGGAGAAGCAGAGUAAACAGUGAAGUCUGAACGAGCUGGGGAAGACGCAGAUAUUAGGAAGAGAUAGAGAAAUGGCACUAGUGGCCUAGCUACCUGAGACAGGAUAUCUGGGACAGCUUUUUAAGCAGAGGCUGUGCUGGGCAUGGACUGUGCUGAAGCCUAGGAGCCACGGCUGUUAACAUCUGUAUCCAGGAUCAUGUCUGCUAACAAAGGCUGGUGGGUGCCAACUGAGGAUGAGGACAGUGUGUCUAAGAGGUUCCUGAGGAAGACCCGGGAGUCUCCACUGGUGCCUAUAGGUUUAGGAGGCUGCCUGGUGGUGGCAGCAUACAGGAUUUACCGGCUGAAGGCUCGUGGUUCCACGAAGAUGUCCAUACAUCUGAUUCACACCCGACUGGCAGCACAGACCUGUGCUGUGGGUGCAAUCAUGCUAGGAGCUGUGUACACCAUGUACAGAGAUUACAUCAAGAGGACAGCACAGGAUGCUGGAGAGAAGUAGGCCUCCUAGAGGGGCUGGGGAAGCCCCCCCAACUCAAUCCCUGGUAUGGUAAUAAAGUCGUUCUGAGGAAAGUCAA